AUGAAACAAGGAUUUCAUAUUUCUGAAGGAAGAUACUUCCUUACUAAAUACAAAUUUGAUAUACAAUACGCAACGGAAGUGAAAUCAAAUGUAGUUCAUUAUAAAAUCAUUGAUAUUGUUCCAAGUCAAGAAAUUGGACACCAAACUUCUUAUAGUGAUAAUGUAUGCACAGAAUUACAAACACCUCCCAUUAUCAAAGAAGGAACAAAUGUUAGUUUAACUUAUCAAUUCACUUUUACAGAAACAAAGCUUUAUCCACCUUCAACAAUGCAGCCAACAUUCGCAUUAUCAUCCCUUAAGUUACAAUUACUUAUUAAUAUUGCAAUUUUAGCAUUUUUGUUAUAUUUCACACCAAAGUACUCAAAUUCAUUUGGUCCAUUAGAAGAACAAACAGACGAUAGUGUUUGGUAUUAUUUACGUGGUGAUUUGUUCAGAAUGCCACAAAAUAUUUCGAUUUUAUGCACAUUUUGCGGGAUUCACAAUUAA